AUGGGAGCAUACCCGACUAAAGAAUCGAUUGCCUCCAACUUCUUUGCUGAUGCGAAGGAGACUACGGGUGAGUCAGGGGCGGAAGGACAGCCCCCGUCGCCCUCUAGCGGCAUCGAGGAUUCAAUGGAUGCUGCUGACAGGAAGACGCCAACCCUGUGGAAGUCUAUGACUACAAUGGCUAAGACAGGGUGGACCAACCUUACCAACGACAACUCCCCCCAGGAGCUGGAGAAUGCAGACCCAUACGAACUGAACAGAGACGUGUUCGACAACAACAUGGAAAAACUGAGGAAUGUAUGGACGAACGACAGUUGCAGGGACAAGUUAAACAGCAGCCUCAAGAUCCACGAUGUGCAUGGCCUCUCCCCACUGCAUCUGGCGUUCCGCAUGGGCAGACUGGAGUACUUGAAGUUGUUUCUGGACAAGGCCGACCCCCAGUUCUUCCACAUAUCCACCAAGGCCCCUCCCCCUUUGAGGUGGACAGUGUUGGAUGAGGCUGUAGUGCUGGGAAACAGGGAAUUCAUCAAAGCUGUACUGAAGCUUCGAACCAAACACUCUUCGCAAGUUGCCGAUGACAAGUGUCCGUUUGCAGAGAAGGUUCUGGACGGAACUAACGACGCUUACUUCCAGAUCAAGUGGCGAGUCAAGUCGUGGAUUCCACUGGUGUCUCGGUUUCUGCCGAACGACACAGUCACUGUGUUCAAGAAAGGGUCUUCUAUUCGACUGGAUACUGGGCUGAGCUUGGGCCACACAACGAUUCUCUACAACACGGAAAAGUAUGGCAAAAACUGCAUAUUGGUGAUCGACCGAGUUCGCAAUCUGUACAAGAAAGAACACUUCGACAAAGAGCCAACUGACGAAAUGCUGGAGGAGAAGAUUACUGACUUGUUGAGCAAACCAGUUGAGAAUAUUAGUUUGUGUUCCAAGGAGGUUAAAUUCGCAGCUGAGACAAAGAGGGGAAAACUGAAGUUUGAACAGAUAGGCCAGUACGAUACUUUAAUGUACAAAUGGGCAGGGGUGAAGUUGACAGUACACAAGAGACAUGAACACUUGGACCCCGAGUUGGUCAAAGAACUCAAGGACAAAUCGAAAAAGAGCUCAGGAUUCACGUCGGCUGAGAAGAAUCUGCAACCCCCCAAAGAGGCGACUGGUUCUUUCGAACAGUACAUGGCCAGAAAGUGCUAUGUCGGAAGAACUAUGAAGGUCAUAACAUGGGAGAAACAACUGAAAGGAUCUUUAGCUAUGACUGAUACCUUCCCAGUGUCAGCCGAGAGUCUCGUCAACUUCCUCAAAGUGGACUCGGAGGAAAUGCGCAAACUGCUCAAAGACAUGGCCGAAUAUUUCACUCGGGCAGUUCCGUUUCCGCCAGGGUUCCCAGUGUACCUGGAACUACCGGUGAUUCCGACAACCAAGUUUUACAUAAAGAUGGAUAAUUUCUUAUGGGGGCUGCCCAAAGAAGUCGAGGAAGAUCCGGACUUCUUCAAAAUACCCGAGGGCUGUGAACUUGUUGAAGAGCUGUAA